AUGACCAUUAUUUCAAUCGUUUUACUCCCUCGAAUAGUCUCAGCUACUGUGUUGUCAUCAAGAGAUACUUCUACUGCAAUUUUAAGCCUUAUGCCAUAUAAAGUUCCAAAGUCAUAUCAAACCGCUAGGAUUAGUCCGGUUUUGGAUUUG